UAUUAUUAGUAGUGGUAGUAGUAGACUAGAUCUUGAAUGUGCUUUUUGUUUUCACACGUGAAAAUAACAAAAUAUUCUUCUUAUUUUAUAUUCAUUACCAGUUGGUUGUUCUAGAUGAUGCUCAAAUAUAUUGAUUAUUUUUUAAUAAUUUCUAUGUAAUUGUACAAAGUAAACAUGAUCAACUAUAUGGAUGAUUAUCAUUAUUUUAAUGGUUAUUUUUAUGGGGAUAUAAAAAAAAUGAAAUAAAAUGGGAAAUGAAACUAGUCAAACCUCUGGACAAGAAGAGGACAAUCACAGAAAUGAUGUUAGUCAUAAACGUAGUCAAUCAUUACAACGUGAUUUAACUUUAUCUGAUACAGGAAUUACUUUAUUAUCGAAUUCAUGUAAAAGUCAAUCACAAAUUUCUUUACAUGAAAUCGUUGGAAUAAAUGAUUCUAAUCAAGAUAAAACAAAUUCAAAGUUAACUACAGAUACAUCAACCACUGAAAUAGCUUUACUUAAAACUGUACAAAUGGAAUUAACUGAUGAUGAAAAGGAAUGUAUACAACAAGUAUUAGCUAGAGCACGUCUUGUAGAAAUGAAUGAAGAUAAACGUGUUACAAAACUACAAACUGAACUAAAACAUACUGAGCAAGUUGUUAAACGUCGUGUUUCACUAUCAAAUCAAGAUGUUACAAAGCAAGUUUAUUGUUGUUUACUCUGUGGACAAACUCCAUUACCAGAAGGUCAAUAUUCUGAACAAGACUGGAAAGUGUGCCAUGAUUGUCAGAAUACUCUGUGCCCAAACUGUGUAGUACAGAUUGGUAAAAAUGUUGAUUCUGAAGUGUUUUGGUUGUGUAAAUUAUGUCAAAAGAAACGUCAAUUGACUGUCAGUUCUGGUAGUUGGUUACAACGUCUUCCUAAAAAUAACAAUAAUAAACAAACGAAAGAAUUACAAAAACUAAUACAGAAAACUCAUGGAAUCACACGAACAGCAUCUUAUUCUCAAUAUGAAGAUUUAAUUGAUCAGGUUAGUUUAGAUGAAUCUACAGUGAAUAGUGGAGAUCAAGACGAACAUGAAGGUGAGGAAGAAAAAGAAGAAGAAUGGAAACAAUUAAUACAGAAGGAUAAUACACAACUUGUAAAAUCUCAUGAAAAUUCUAUAUUAAAAAAUAUUCAUCAAAGAAGAGCUUCAGAACAAAACAAUAUUAAAGAGGUGGUUAAAUCAACACACCGACUAUAUCAUUCCAUUAAUGAUAAUCAACCUGUAAAUAAUGAAACUAGAAAAGUAUCAAUGGGACAGAAAUUUUUACGCCAAAAUGAUGGUGUUAUUCAUGAUGAAGAUGAUGAUGUUGAUAGGGAUAAUUAUAAAAAUCGAACUUAUCAAAAUCAUCUACAUUUGUAUUUUACAAAACAAAUUAGUGAACAAUUCAGUGUGGAUAGUGAUGAUGAUGAUCAUGAUGAUGAUAAUGCGGAUGAGAAAGACAAUCAAAAAUCUGAUCUUGCUAAUUUUCAUGAUAAAAGUAAUGAAUCUAAUCAAAAUGAUCAAUUGAAUGAAACAAUUUUACAUAACAAAAAAUCAUCAACUAUAGUUCAACAAUUACAUCAUGAAGAAUGUUAUGAUGGAAUAGACAUGACUGAUAAAAUACAAAAGAUUACACCAACUGAUGUUAUUGAUGAAAAAGCUACUGAAAGGAAAGAAAUUGUUCAAUCUACUUAUACAAAUGUUCUUUUAGAUAAUAGUGAUCAAAUAAAUGUUUCGUGGUGUACAGUCUCACCAACCAACAUAUUAUCACAUCAUCAUACAGAUAAACAACAGUUUAUACCUGAAGAAUAUACUAUCUCUUCAAUGAAUUAUCUGAAUACUUCUUAUCAUGAUAAUCAAGAACAUUUAAGUAGAUCUAAUUCAGAUCAGAUUAUAUUAAAUGAUCAAGAAAAUAUAAUAGAAUCAUUUAAUUCUUAUUCAAUCAAUCAGAAAAAUGAUCCAUUUAAUGAAAAUUCAUUGAUUUAUCUUAAUAGACAACCAUCUAUAAAACAAGAUUCUAAGAAUGAUAUAUCAAUGAAAUAUUUAGAAAAAAGAACACUAUUUAACACUUAUACACAAUCACAUGAAGAUAAAAUUGGUUUAAUUAUACCACAAUAUAAUUCAGAUGAAUAUAAUGAAGAUAUGAAUAUGAUUAAUGAUAAUAAUAAUAAUGAAACAAAAUCCUUAUCUCAAUCUUUGUUAACCAAUCAAGAUAAUGGAAGAUAUUCCAAUCAUAUACAUUUACAAUGCAAUAAUCAAUCACGUAGACAAUCAUGUCCAAUAAUUAUUAAUGAUGAUCAUGUAUUAUCAUUAUCUAAUCAAAUGAUUCAACAACAACAACAACGACCACGUUUAGCAUUAAAAUCUAGUUAUUUUGAAGAUGUUAAUACUGACGAUCAUGAUCAUGAUAAUGAUGAUGAUGAUGAUGAUAAUGAAGACAGAUUCAUUCAUUCAUAUUAUGAUCAAUCUAAUUCUUAUCAUUCAAAUAGGUUAUCUAAUCAUGAAAUGAAUUCAAAUCAUUUAAAUCUAUUUUUUCCAUAUAAUUUAAAUGAAUCAUGGGAUUAUGCUGAAGAUUUACGUAAAAUAGAUGAAAAUAUAUAUCAUCGUACAAAUAAUUCAAAUAAAACACUUGAUUUUAACGAUAUUACUUAUAAUACAAUUAAUAGUAGUAUAUUCAGUGAAAAUGAAAUUCAUACUACUAUAUCGACAGGAACUACUAACGUAACUUCAAUUGGAAGUUAUUAUAUAGAUGACACUAUAAAAUCAUCAAUUAAAAAUCAUGAUAUUAAUUAUGAACCUUCAAUGAAUGAUCUUUAUUUAAAUUGGUUAAAUGAAUUAAAUUCAAAUUAUGUUUCUAUGAAUCAACAAGAUAAUUUAUUGAGUACUAAUUAUAAUGUAAAUAAACAUGAAGAUUAUAUAUCAGAGUGUUCACUAAUCAAUAAUAAUAGUUCCCUAGAGACAUCAGUUUCAAAUUAUAUAACGACAACAACCAUUACUGACAACAGUAAUACUGAAACAAAUGAACAAAAUCAUCUUUUAUUAAAACGUUGUCCUAAUUUUGAAAAUAUCAGUCGUUUAUCGAAUAAUAAUAAUAAUGAUAAUAAUAUUAAUAGUAAUAUUCAACUAAUGGAGGAAAGUAGUAGCUUCUAUGAAGGAUUGAUGAAAUUGUCUGAAAUUGUCAAUGAUGAAAAAGAAGAUCUUGAAACGAACAAUGAUACACCGACAAAAGUAUGGGGUCGAGAAUUUCGUGAUAGACUACAAAUAUCUGAUACAUCUACAUGUUUACCCUCCAAUUUAUUUGAUGAUAUAAAACCGGAAUUGGAAAUAUGGUCCAAUUUAUUUAAUACGUCAGAAAUUGUUGUAGAUACUGCUAGAGAAAUUUCUACACAAUUAAAUUUACUAAGUACAUUGGAAGAGGAUGAUGUAAAAGAAGAAAGAAAUGAAUGGGAAGAGAAAGUAGAAGUUAAUGUUGGAAAACAAGCAGAAAAUAUUAAAGACAAUGAAGAAAAUCAAACAGAUCAUGAUCAAUGUGAUAAGAAUGAUAAAGAAUUAGUUGAUUCAAGAAGUCAUAUGUUUAUAACAACACAUGAAAAUGAUAAACUAAAUACUUUAAAAGACAAUGAAAUAACUGAAGAUAAUGAAAAACACGAUAAUACUUCAUCAGACCAUUUCACUACAAAACUGUAUAUAACACAUAUUAAAGAUGAUACAGAAUUGCAUGAUCUUGAAAGAAUCUCUACUCAAUUAGAAACUCAAAUCGUUGCUGAAGAAAAUCUUAUGUCUCAACCUUAUAAUUAUGGAAAAGUAUAUGAAAAUAAUAUUAGAACUGAUGAAGAAACCGAUCAUUUCGUAUAUUCAGAUACUCCAACUCUUACUACUACUACUACUUAUAAAUCAAAUGAAAGUAAUCAUAACAUGAUCUCUGAUCAAAAUAUGAAAUUGAAAUGUAAAAAUAAUCAAUUUCCAUAUACAUCACUACCUAUUGAUAAACGAAUAGACAUUUCUAAACAAAAAGAAGAAACAUUUAAGAAUACAAAAGAAGACUUAUAUCAUUCAGACAUAUUGGAAUUCUAUGAACACGUGAUCCCAACAAUAAAUUCUCCUCUAUCAUUGGAUAAUUCAUAUUCUGCCUCUAUUAAAAGUCCAAAUAAUAUAGAUGAGAAGAAUAGUAUUAUAAAUGAAAUUCUCUAUCCUUAUUAUCCAUAUGAACAACAACUAACUCAAUCUAAUUCAACUUAUACAUAUAUGAACAAUAAACAAUAUUAUCCAUUGAUUCAUUUGAAUAAGGAAGGCAGUCAUUUAGAAUUAACCAAUAAUCAUAAAGAUGGAUUGAAAAAAUCGAAUAGAAAGUCAAAUAAAAAUUUUCUAACCAAUUUUUUCAAUGAGAAUAAUGAUUCUUUAAAUUAUUCUAUUGAUCAAUCUAACAAUUCUAAGAAUUCAUCAUUGAUAUUGAAUAAUACAUUGAAUAUUGAAUCAGAAAAUGAUCAAAAUAAAACAAUCAUUGAACAUUAUAAAACUGAUCAAUUAUCAAUAAUAAAUAAUCCAAUAGAAAAAUCAAUAGAAAAAUCAUUUAAUAAUAAUAAUAAUAAUAAUAAUUUAAUAACAUUUUCUGAUACUACUCAAAAUAAUCAGCUAUUCGAGGAUAAUUAUGAUACUUUAUCAGAUGGUAGUGAGUUUUCCAUUCAUGUACCUAUUACAAAUUCAAUUCUUAAUGAAAAUACAUUUAAUGAAUCGAAAUUAUCAUUAAUAUCUAAUUUUAAAGAAUUUUAUGCUAAUAAACAUUUAUGGGAAUCUAUUCAUUCACAAUGGUAUAUACAUAUAUUAAAACGUAUUACUGACGAAGCUAAAUUAAUAUCAAUACCAGAGCAAACAAUCUAUUACGAUAAUUUACAUACGGAAUAUAUGUCAUCAUCGUCUAGUUCACGUGGUUCAUAUUUUACAAAUCAAAGAAGAAGACCACAUUCUUCUGCUUAUAGUUAUGAAGUAAAUAGUUUAGUAGAUGAUUUACCUGGAACUUAUGAAAGUCCUAAUUCAUCAUCAUCAAUUAUUUAUUCAAGACAUUCAUAUAAUCAUAGAUCAUUACAUGAUGUUUAUCCGGAUAGAUUUAUUAAAUCAUUCAAUGAUGAUGAUAAUUAUCGAAUAAAUUUAAAACCAAUUACAAAAAGUAAUUUGAAAUCUUCAUAUGAUUCACGACCAUAUAGAUCAUAUUCAGAGGCUGGUACAUCGCAUCAUUAUCAUCCUCCUCAUCAUCAUCAUCAUCUUCGUGAAAAAGAUAAAACUGGUCUAGCAUCAAUUAUUCGUCAUGAUCGUCGAAAUAAGUUAGGAUUAAUUCAUCAUACUUCAAGUCGUUCAAAACACUUCAAAUCAGAUGAUGUUGAAAGUGUUUUACAACAAAGAAUGUUGAAAGAUUCUAAUAGAAAUAUAAAAUCAACAGAAAUGGAUAAAUCAAAAGAUUCCGUAUAUUCAACACGAUUUAAUAAAAAUUAUCAAGAUUAUGAAAUAAGUCAUAGAAUAAAAAGAGGGAAUUUAAGAAGUUAUACACCAACUUAUAAAUCAUUUCAUACUCCACAAACAAAAUGGUCAAAUGAUAAUAGUUUUUUAGAAGUUGGUUCAUAUUUUUCUUUACCUUUAAAUGAUUAUGGUAGAAAAGGAAUAAAACAUUCACGACCUACAUUGACUAAUCAACGUUAUGAUCCAUCUAGUAUAGAAUUUUUACUACAACAAAAAGUCCCAUUUGAUGAAUGGAAUAAAUCUGAUCAUUUAACUCGAAGAAUAGGUAAUCUAUCCAAAUCAACUGGUCAUUUAAGUCAUUUAGAUGAUUUAAACAAAUUUUCAGGUUCUACUUCUAUGCAAACUUUAAGAGCUCGAUUAGCUGCUGCACAUUCAGAAUUUAAUUUAGACUAUCAAGAAAAUAUAUCGGACUCAUAUGAGUUACAAAAAUUGGACAGUAACAAAUUUGGUUCACUUGAUCGUCGAACUGAUUCAAAUGACUUUACAACUCGACAACUAAGACAACAAGUAGAACAACAUCAUCGUCGUUUACUUAAAAGUUUAAUGACUGAUGAACCUUAUGAAUCUAGUUGGCCAUCUAGUUUUUCAAAUUUUGAUCUUCAAGGAUACUUAAACUCAUAUUGUGAUGAAUCAGAAAUGAGACCAACAACUCUUAUUUCAUCUACUUUAGCACCACCAAUAUUUUCUACAGCUUCAACAAGACUUCCGUUAAGUAUUGAACAAGGUAAAAUCGAUGAAACAAUGGUAGAACCUACAAACUAUACAUCUACAACUGACCAACAGUUUCUGUCCGUACCAAAUAUGUUAACUACAUCGAAUUUGAAUUCUACCGCUCCAGUAGUAUUGCCAAAUCAAGUACCUUUAACAAAUAAUUUAGCUAACAAUAUAAUGAAUAAUACAAUCAUAAAUCAGCCUACAUCAGUCAGUUUAAAUGAACAAAUACCAGUUUCAAAUAACACAUUAAUCGAGCUUAUCAAUAAUCCUGAUUUUAUACAAGCUCUUACAUAUAAUCCAGAACUUAUUAAUCAAAUAAAUUCAAUGUGCCUAGAUCUCGCGCCAGCUGAUUUGAAUCAAGUAACUUUAGCAGCUGUUGCUGGAGCAAUUGCAGCCACAGCUGUAGCUGGUUCUGGGAUGUUAGAUAAUAAUACUACUACUGAUAAUAUUAAUAAUGUCAUUACAUGUCAACCGACUAAUGAACACAUUAUCAAUAGUCUACUACAAAAUACAAUUGCAUCAGAUCAAAUGAUGAAUAAUUAUCCAAAUACUGGAAAUUUCAUUUCAACUAACAAUAAUACUGACCUUAUAAAUAAUGUUUCAUCUAUAAAUUCUACUUAUUUACCAAAUAGUCAUAUUGUUAAUGAUAUUAACAGUAAUAAUAACAUUCCAAGAAUGAACACUUUAUUGCCUGAUGGGAAUUCUUGUGUAGACACUAUAAAUCCUGAAUCAAUAGAUAUACUGAUUGAACAAGUACGCAAAUUAUUAAAUGAACAAAACCAAUGUGAUAUGAUGAAUUCAACAACAACUUCAAUAAACGAUACUGUUAUAAAUAAUAACCCUAUCAAUACUACUACUAGUAGUAUACCUUUUAAUAAUCAAUUAUUAUCAUCGUUACCAUCAUCAGUUCAUCAAACAAAUCAAUCAAUAAUGAAUGAAGAUAAAAUACAAAAUCCUGCAGAUAUUUAUUAUCAAAAAUCAUUGAGACAUAUACAUAAUCAGUCAGUUGAUGAAGUUAAUAAACAACAAUAUAAUAAAAUGCCUAGUGAAACAAUUAAUAACUGGCUUGGAUUAAGUGAUGAUGAAUGGAAUUAUAAAACUUAUAAAGAUAACACGAAAAAUCCGGAUUCAUGGAUAGACAACAAUACUACAUGGCCUUCAUUCAAUCCAUUAACUAAUCACAAGUCUAAAUCAAUAAUACAACCUACAAAAUGUACAUAUGAUUUUCCAACUAAACGACUUUUAUUAAUGCGUGAAUCUAAGGAUCGACAUCAAAAAGGGUGUGGAAUUGGUAUGCGCAUAGUUGGUGGACAUAUUCGAUCAGAUGGUAAUUUAGGAGCAUUUGUUGAAGAAAUUUAUCCAUCUGGUCCAGCUGAUCAACUUCAUGGAGAGAUAAAAGAAGGUGAUGAAAUACUUGAAUGGAAUUCAAUUCCUUUAGUCGGCAAGACAUUUGAAGAAGUACAAGCUAUCAUUAGUCAAGUUUCUGAAGAAACCGAGUUACUUGUCAGAGCAGAUUAUACCCAAGGUGAUGAUGUGGAUGAUGAAGGUGAAGAUGAUGGUGAAGAAAUAGAAGAUGAAGAUGAUGAAGAUGAAGAGUAUGAUGAAGAAUAUCUUGAUGAUGACGAUGAUGAUGAAGAUGCAACAUCUUUAAUGAAAACUUGUGGUUCAGGAUCAACUGGGAAUAGUGGACAAACUAAUCGAACACAUGCCUUAUGUCAUCAUCAUGCAGCACAACAUGCAUUAAUGAGUCAAUCAAAAGGUCCACCAAUUUGUCCACAUAUACGUCAGCAUUAUUUAUCUAUGCCAUCAAAUGAUCAUCGAUCAAUGAAUCAAGUUGCACAUAGUUCACAUAAAUUACAUUCAACAAAUGAACAACAAAUACAAGAGGAAGAUAUUGAAGAAAGUAGAUUAACACUAAAUAAUAACACUAUGAAUUGGUUUGAAUCAAAUUCUCCUAAAAAAUCUAUUAAUCAAUUAUCACCAUCAACUGUACAAGAUUCAAAAUAUACUAAACAGUCAAAUAAUUCUGAUAGUGAUAAAUUAAAUAAUAGUAGAAGAUUAUCUAAAGGAGGCCGUGUAAAUGGACCACGUGGAAGUCGAUCGUCUAACAAUGAGAAACAUGAUGAUACAUUAGAAUAUGGUGAGAUUGAAUUAAUAUUAACAUUUGAUGAUUAUGAUCAAAGUUUAACUGUACAUGUUGCACGUGCACGUAAUCUUCCAGCGAUGGAUUUAAAUGGUUUAGCUGAUCCAUUUGUAAAAGUAAGACUACAUCCAGAUCCAACAGAAGACCCUGAUUUUAAUCGUCAAACAAAAUAUAUGCCUAAUACAUUAACACCUGAAUGGCAACAGACUGUUGUAUUUAUGAAUUGUAUAAAACGUACAUUGAAACGACGUGUACUUGAAGUAACUGUAUGGGAUUUUGAUCGAUUAAAAACAAAUGAUUUUAUGGGACAAACAAUUAUUAACCUUGGUGAUAAGGAAUACCUUGAUGGUAAACCUCAUUGGUUUAGUCUUCAUGGGUUAAUGCCAGUUGUUAUACCAGUUCCUAAAAAGUCAGUAUCUUCAUCGAAAACUUCAUCUGAUAGUUCAAGACAAGCUAAGAGCUCUAAGGAUAGUAGUUCUAGAAGAAGUACAGUGAAUAAAUCACCGAAAGAUCAACUUCAGUCUCAAAGAAUAAAUAUAUGA